AAAGAAUUUCGGGAAAUUUAGAACUGAAGUCGCCUCUUUUUCUCCUUUCAGCCGCCCUGAGCAUCUGACACUAUGGCAGUUCCCGAGACCCGUCCCAACCACACUAUUUAUAUCAACAAUCUCAAUGAGAAGAUCAAGAAGGAUGAGCUCAAGAAGUCCUUGUAUGCCAUCUUCUCCCAGUUUGGCCAGAUCCUGGAUAUCCUGGUGUCUCGGAGCCUGAAGAUGAGGGGCCAGGCCUUUGUCAUCUUUAAGGAGGUCAGCAGUGCCACUAAUGCCCUGCGUUCCAUGCAGGGUUUCCCCUUCUACGACAAGCCCAUGCGUAUUCAAUAUGCCAAGACUGACUCAGACAUCAUAGCCAAGAUGAAGGGCACCUUUGUGGAGAGGGACCGCAAACGAGAGAAGAGGAAGCCCAAGAGUCAGGAGACACCAGCUGCCAAAAAGGCUGUUCAGGGUGGAGCAGCUGCUCCCGUGGUGGGCGCUGUGCAGCCUGUACCGGGUAUGCCGCCGAUGACUCAGGCACCCCGUAUCAUGCACCACAUGCCAGGCCAGCCGCCUUACAUGCCACCACCUGGCAUGAUCCCACCACCAGGCCUUGCUCCUGGCCAGAUCCCUCCUGGGGCCAUGCCCCCACAGCAGCUCAUGCCUGGACAGAUGCCGCCUGCCCAGCCUCUCUCCGAGAAUCCACCCAAUCACAUCCUGUUCCUCACCAACCUGCCUGAGGAGACCAAUGAGCUCAUGCUGUCCAUGCUUUUCAACCAGUUCCCUGGCUUCAAGGAGGUGCGUCUGGUCCCUGGGCGGCACGACAUCGCCUUCGUGGAGUUUGACAAUGAAGUGCAGGCUGGGGCAGCACGAGACGCCCUGCAAGGCUUUAAGAUCACACAGAACAAUGCCAUGAAGAUCUCUUUUGCCAAGAAGUAGCGCCUCCCCCCACGGGGCAUCUCAGCCCACUCUGGGGCUGUCCCUUUCCCCCCUUGGCUCAGUCCCUGAAGGUAAGUCCCCCUUGGGGGCCUUCUCAGAGCCGCGUGUGAGUGUGUGCUUGCCACACAGCAUUGUACCCAGAGUCUGUCCCCAGACAUUGCACCUGGCGCUGGUAGCUUGUGAUUAAAGUGGUUUUUUUUUUUUUUU